AGCAGAGGUGGAAGACCCUGGGAGCUGCCUAACGGCAGGCGGGUCGCUUUAUCUCCGAGCAGCGCACUGGAGCCGUCAUCCCCCUCCCCCGAGAAGGCUGCGCGGGCGGGAAGACGCCGAGACGCCAGCUUCGGUCCCCUUUCUGUCUCUCGGUUCCUCUUUCCUCCCAAGUAAGGGAAUAAGAUUCGAGAAAGGAGCGCCCCAGGCAACCGCGCAACCAAGUGUUGCACAGUGAGGAAAUGCCAAAAUUUGUGAAUUCACCUUGACUACAAACAGGAGAAUGUUACCUGAGGAAUAGCUGAGGACUUUUCGUAACUUCAGAGACGUGCCUGCCGCUACCAUAGGCACUUGAGUCCCUUGAGAAGUGUCCUGAAGGGCUCAUUUGUUGCACACCUGCAAUGAGCGAGUCCCUGUGCUGGGCCUCAGCUUCACCCUGGUGAACACAGUUCCAUCCCUGGCCUCAACGUGCUCACACCCAGUUUAAAGAUGAGCAAAGAGCAAUGGGUCUCUCUCACUCCCGAAGAAUUUGACCAACUUCAGAAAUACUCUGAAUAUUCCUCCAAGAAGAUAAAGGAUGUCUUGACUGAAUUUAACGAGGGUGGAAGCCUCCAACAAUAUGGCCCACAUGAGCCAGUUAGCUAUGAUGUCUUCAAGCUGUUCAUGAGAGCAUACCUGGAGGUAGACCUUCCUCAGCCCCUGAGCACACACCUCUUCCUGGCCUUCAGCCAGAAGCCCAGACAUGAAACUCCUGACCACCCAAAGGAGGGAGCCAGCAGCAGCGAGCCCAGUGGCCCAGAUUCUAAUGUACAGAAUGCAGAUAAUGCUGCUAAAGCAGACGAGGCCUGUGCCCCUGAUACUGACUUGAAAACGGUGGAGAAGCAAGCACCAUCUAAAAACCAAGUGGCUGCAACCCCCCUGGGAGCACCAGCUGCUCCAUCUUCAAGCCCAGAGUCCCCCGUAGUGUACCUGAAGGAUGUGGUGUGUUACCUCUCCCUGCUGGAGACGGGGAGACCUCAAGAUAAACUAGAGUUCAUGUUUCGUCUCUAUGACUCAGAUGAGAACGGACUCCUGGACCAAGCGGAGAUGGAUCGCAUUGUCAACCAAAUGCUGCAUAUUGCCCAGUAUCUGGAGUGGGAUCCCACGGAGCUAAGGCCUAUAUUGAAGGAGAUGUUGCAAGGGAUGGACUACGACCGGGACGGCUUUGUGUCUCUACAGGAGUGGGUCCACGGAGGGAUGACCACUAUCCCACUGCUGGUCCUCUUGGGAAUGGAUGACUCUGGCUCAAAAGGGGACGGGAGGCAUGCCUGGACCAUGAAGCAUUUUAAGAAGCCAACCUACUGCAACUUCUGCCACAUCAUGCUGAUGGGGGUGCGGAAGCAAGGCCUCUGCUGCAUUUAUUGUAAAUACACUGUCCAUGAGCGCUGUGUAUCCAAAAACAUUCCUGGGUGUGUCAAAACGUGCUCAAAAGCCAAAAGGAGCGGUGAGGUGAUGCAGCACGCGUGGGUGGAAGGGAACUCCUCCGUCAAGUGUGACCGGUGCCACAAAAGUAUCAAGUGCUACCAGAGUGUCACCGCGCGGCACUGCGUGUGGUGCCGGAUGACGUUUCACCGCAAAUGUGAAUUAUCGACGUUGUGUGAUGGUGGGGAGCUCAGAGACCAUAUUUUGCUGCCCACCUCGAUAUGUCCUGUCACCAGGGACAGACAAGGUGGAAAGUCUGAUGGCAGUAUGGCAGCCAAGGGCGAGCUUGUAAUGCAGUAUAAGAUCAUCCCCACCCCGGGCACCCACCCACUGCUGGUCUUGGUGAAUCCCAAGAGUGGAGGGAGACAAGGAGAAAGAAUUCUUCGGAAAUUCCACUACCUGCUCAACCCCAAACAAGUUUUCAACCUGGACAAUGGGGGACCUACUCCAGGCUUGAACUUCUUCCGUGAUACUCCAGACUUCCGUGUUCUGGCCUGUGGAGGAGAUGGGACAGUUGGCUGGAUCUUGGAUUGCAUUGAUAAGGCAAAUUUUGCAAAGCAUCCACCAGUGGCUGUCCUGCCUCUUGGAACAGGAAAUGACCUUGCCCGAUGUCUCCGUUGGGGAGGAGGUUAUGAAGGGGGCAGUUUGACAAAAAUCCUGAAGGACAUCGAGCAAAGCCCCUUGGUGAUGCUGGACCGUUGGUAUCUGGAAGUCAUCCCCAGAGAGGAGGUGGAGAACGGGGACCAGGUUCCAUACAGCAUCAUGAACAACUAUUUUUCCAUUGGCGUGGAUGCUUCCAUUGCACACAGAUUCCACAUGAUGAGAGAGAAACACCCUGAAAAAUUCAACAGCAGGAUGAAGAACAAGCUGUGGUACUUUGAAUUUGGUACCUCGGAGACCUUUGCAGCCACCUGCAAGAAACUUCACGACCACAUUGAGUUGGAGUGUGACGGAGUGGAGGUGGACCUGAGCAACAUCUUCCUUGAAGGCAUUGCCAUUCUCAACAUUCCCAGCAUGUAUGGAGGCACCAAUCUCUGGGGAGAAACCAAGAAGAACAGGGCUGUGAUCCGGGAAAGCAGAAAGAGCAUCACUGACCCUAAGGAACUGAAAUUCUGUGUCCAAGACCUCAGUGACCAGCUCCUUGAAGUGGUGGGGCUUGAGGGAGCCAUGGAGAUGGGGCAGAUCUACACCGGCCUGAAGAGUGCGGGCAGGAGGUUGGCCCAGUGUUCCUCUGUCACCAUCAGGACUAACAAGCUGCUGCCCAUGCAAGUGGAUGGAGAGCCCUGGAUGCAGCCAUGUUGCACGAUUAAAAUUACUCACAAGAACCAAGCACCCAUGAUGAUGGGGCCUCCCCAGAAGAGCAGCUUCUUUUCACUGAGGAGGAAGAGCCGUUCAAAAGACUAAACAGUGUGCCAAACGCCAGCUAACCCAAGAGAGAAAACAAGAGACUGUAACUACAUGCACACACACACACACACACACUUACACAAACAUGCGCACACACACAAACACACACACACUUCUCUAAUUAGUGGAAGCAAAACCACCCUUCUGGAAGAAAACUUCACCUUCUAUACAGUUUAUUAAAAAAAAAAAAUGGAUACAUUUCUAACAGAGCCAGUGCCCAGAACAUUUUGAAAAGACUUAGGCCCACCAGGGUGGGUUGGCUCAUGCAGCGACCUCCAAAUUCCCACAGCCCUUGGGGAGAACUUUCUGAGACUGAAGGAGAAAUCUCUUUCUUUUCACCAGCUCUACAAGUUUCCUCACAGUCGCUCGCUGCUCGUGAGGAGCAGGCUGCAGGUUUCCUGCUAUGGUGAGAUGAGAUCGGAUGUGGUCGAGGGAAAGAGCUCCGUUCCAGAGAACUUGCACAAAGGUCCUUCUGUACAGAGACACAUCAGCCUCGCGCUCUCUGCACAUAAUCCUUGGCAGGGCUCAGCAGGCGCUCGAUGGUCUCUUGGUUGUCCUUUGAGCGACAGCUUCUCCCCAGACUUGCUGAGAAGGCAGAAAGGCUGUGGAAAGCUGUGUUUCCAUUCCUAGGUUCUCUACCCCAUCGGUGGGCACUUGUUCAUUUCCCCAAGCCUUCUCCUGGUGGCUGGGUGUUUGUUUAGAGACGGCUCCAAGAGCCCCCUGAGCUGCCUGUGCAGCACGCCUUAGAUGUGGUAUUUAUUUUCUUAGUUCUGUGAACACCUGGGAGGGAAAGUGGAGAAACUGGGAUUUAUUUUUUAAACUGGUGUCA